AAAUAAAAAGUCUUCAUUGUAAAUAGAUCCAUUAAAUGUAACUAUACAUAUAUCUGUUUAAGUUUGGGGUCGUCGUGACAGAGCUCGUUCACUAAUUCCAGUGCGAACUGAGACCUCGUAACUAUUUCAAUAACAGACUUUAAGUGAAAACUUCGCGAUAUAAAUCUAAAUUCUUUGUACAAAAGAAAAAUUGAACUUGGUAUCAAGGAUGGCAACAGCAGUUCUUGUUAUCCCAGCGUGCGUGCUGGCGGCUCUGCUACUCUGGCCCACUGCCACAGGAGUGUUUAUCUCGAACCUGUCGGAGGCUUGCUACCGCUGCCUGUGCUACGUGUCGACGGACUGCAACACCGCACACGGGUGCACGGCCGGCUAUUGCGGCCCCUUCAACAUCUCCCGUGUAUACUGGGUCGACGCCGGUAAAGUCACGUUCCCCGACGACGAUCCCGAGAGGAACCACGCGUGGGAGGACUGCGCGAGAAGCUACCAAUGCUCUAAAAGGAUCGUAGAAGGAUAUCUUCAGAAAUUUGGAAAGGACUGCAACAGCGACGGCGUAACUGACUGCUUCGACUAUAUGAUGGUAAACGGCAACGGCGGCUACGGUUGCACGGCGUCACUCAAUAGAACCGCUAACGGCCGCCGCUGGCUGCGCCGCUACCGCGACUGCCAACUCAACACCGCCACCGCCAAGGCAUGACCACCAUCUCUUUUAUUAACUAAUGAUUAAACGAAUACGCUGAA